CCACCCGCGCAUCCUCUUUACGCGUGUUCAGUCGACGCGACUUCAAUCUAUCCUCAACCCCUCGUCGACAUCGAAGAAAAGUGAACAAGCGCCCAAGAACAUUUUUUUCGUCUACCCCAGUUACCCACUGUUGACUCUUGAUAUUGGUUAUUACCUCGAUACCCAGUGUUGAAGAUUUGCUUUCUGAAGCAAUAAUGGCAGACCCUACGUCGGAGAUCACAAUGGGGGCGCUUAGUGCGAUUUUUGAUGACUCAAGACCCAAGGUUGCUGAGCCUAUCCUCCAAUGUCUUCAAGUCAAGCCUUUGCCUGCUCAGCCAAACAGCCCCGAAAGGUUCAGAGCCGUUUUCAGUGACAUUACAAACUAUAUACAAACAAUGCUUGCAACCCAGGCCAACCAUUACGUUACGAGUGGGCAAUUAGUUCGCGGCUGCUUUGUUCGAUUGAAGUCAUUCCAAGCCAACAUGGUGAAAGGGAAAAGAAUUCUAAUUAUCCUCGAUCUCGAAGUGUUGGAGAGAUUGGGUAUAUGCGAGAAGAAGAUCGGUGAACCUCAGCCGCUUGACGCAAAGCAAGAAGAGCAGGACAAAGCUCUUCCGACGACGAUUUCUAGCAAUGGAUUCUAUGGCUCCCGUGGGCCUCAGCAGCAAGCGCCUCAACAGCCAGCACAGCGAUCUUCGUCGUCCGCCGGCGCCCAUGCCAAUAUAUAUCCCAUCGAAGCACUCUCUCCGUAUUCCCAUAAAUGGACGAUAAAGGCACGGUGUACGAACAAAUCGGCAAUCAAAACGUGGCACAAUAAAAAUGGAGAGGGCAAACUUUUCAGCGUCAACCUUUUGGAUGAUAGCGGAGAAAUUCGUGCCACCGCUUUCAAGGACCAGUGCGACUCAUUGUAUGGCGUUUUUGAGGAAGGCUCUGUGUAUUACAUAUCGAGCCCAUGUCGUGUUCAAAUAGCCAAAAAAGCGUUCAACAACCUCAACAACGAAUAUGAGCUUACUUUCGAGAAGGAUACGGUCGUUGAAAAGGCUGAAGAGCAAAAUGAUGUUCCUCAAAUUCGAUUCAACUUCACCAAUAUUGCUAAUUUGCAAUCAGUAGAAGCAGGCACCACAAUCGACGUGAUUGGUGUGUUGAAAGACGUUGGAGAAACCUCUCAAAUCCUAUCUAAGACAACCAGCAAGCCUUACGACAAACGUGAUCUUACGUUAGUUGACAACACGGGAUAUUCUGUUCGACUUACAGUGUGGGGAAAUACCGCCAAGGAGUUUGAUUCUGUACCGGAAUCUGUGGUUGCUUUCAAGGGCGUGAAAGUCUCUGAUUAUAAUGGGAGAUCUCUUAGUCUGUUGAGUUCGGGGUCCAUGACAGUCGAUCCCGAUAUUGAAGACGCUCAUAAAUUAAAGGGCUGGUAUGAUGCUCAAGGAAGGUCAGAAACUUUUGCGUCUCAUGACUCCAUGAGCAACGCUGCAGGAUUUGGUGACAGGGCUAGCUCGUUCAAAACCAUUGUUCAGGUCCACGAAGGUAAUUUGGGAAUGUCUGAGAAGCCAGAUUAUUUCUCUGUGAAAGCCACUGUGGUUUAUAUCAAGCAAGACUCCAUGGCUUAUCCUGCUUGUCUCACCGACAAAUGCAACAAAAAAGUUCUUCAGGAUGAUAACGGGCAGUGGCGAUGCGAGCGAUGCGACCAAUCGUUCCCUCAUCCAGAGCAUCGCUAUAUACUGUCCGUGAACGUGUGUGAUCAUACUGGCGCCAUGUGGCUCAGUUGCUUCGACGAAGUGGGGAAAUUGAUUUUAGGAACUUCUGCAAAUGAACUCAUGGAGCUCAAGGAAAAUGAUGAGCGGGCGUACGAAGAGCUUGUCCAGAAGGCCAACUGUCGUGCUUGGAAUUUUAAAUGCAGAGCCAAAAUGGAUAACUUCCAGGACCAGCAACGUGUCCGAUACCAAGUAUUGUCUGUCAGCGCUAUCGAUUACAGUGCGGAAUCGGCUCGCCUUGCAGAGAUGAUCAAGGCUUACGAGAUCAGCUAGAGAGAGGAGCGGAAGGCACAAGGGCUGAGGUGAUAUUUAUCACGUUGCACAUUGCGCUGUACAUGUUUCUUAUUCAUCCUGUAUUAUCCACGACAUGAUAGCGAAAUGACACAUACAUUGAUCUAGCA